AUGGCAGAGAGUGGAAAAAGUGGGGAAGGGAGAAGCGAGGAUAAAGAAAGAGGAGGUGGGAGAACUCAACAGGAGCCCCACAAACUCUCCCCCGUUGGUGCAGCCUCCUUUGGAGCCAAAAGGCAUCUCCCCCGAGGGAUUGUGAUCCAGUUGACUGGGACAGAGGGAGAGUGGGACAGUCUGGAUGACAGUGAGCUCAUCUUCUCCCUGGAUCACGAUGAAGACUACCCAUCCAUAUCUCUCUCUAAGGAGAGGCAGCUCUCUGUUGAGGAUGACAGAGGGUUGCAGUCUCAAGCUUUCCACGUCCCUCUCUCCCCCUCUUCGCCUGGCUCUCUGGGGAACUGCUCCGCCACCGGCCCCAGUUUCCUCUCCCCGGGCCCACCCUCACCCACCCACCGGCCUCUUGCUAACCUGGUCAAGUCUCUCUCCACGGAGCUGGAGCUGAAAGAAGGCUCCACCCUCAGACCCAAGCCCCUUCUCAGCCUCGUGAAGUCGAUCUCCACGGAGGUCUCCCGCUCCGAGCCCGAGGUGUCGCAGUCCAAAUCUGACUCCCGCCUCAACCUCCACCUGUGGAAGCAGCUGACCCAACCGAAAACCCGCAGCAACGGGGACUCUCGCACUGCGCCCCCUUCUCCUAGCUCACUCUCCCCUAGCGCAGAGGGUCUGAAAGGGGGCUUCUUCAAAAUGGAGCUGGAGGACACCAAGAGGAAGCUCUCGGAGGCCGUGCACGAACCUCUGAGCAGCAUGUUCAGUAAGAUCAUGAGAGAGGAGAGCGCGGGCAGCCCCAAACACCAGUGUAAGACCCAGGGCGCUCACCAGGCCAGCUCCAGAGGUUUGGGGCGGGAAAGCAGCACAGACACGGCUCUUUCGGAGUCUCCCGUGAGGAACGUUAGAAAAGCAGACGCUGAUGUGCCUGUGUUUGACUGGCCUUCUGUCAGACAUCUUGGGAGAAUUCACCGCAGCUCCUGUCCCGUGCAUCAAAACAGACAACAUAACGAGGAGCUGGAAAUAUGUACAGAUGGUGAUAUGAUGCAAGUAUUAGCCAUCGAGACACACAGGCAGGCGAGGAGACCGCCUGCUGGGUCUCCAAUCCCUGUAGCACCCUUAGCUCAGACUUCCCCUCUUCCUCAGCCCCCUCACCCUCUGCCACGCAUGAGUUUGUUCUGUGUGGCAGUGCUGUCUUAUGGCUACUUCAUCCUACCUCUUAGUCCAUACUUCUCUGGCCUGGCUCUGGGACUAGCACUGGGCUUCUUGCUGGGAUUGCUGCUCAUUAGGAUGGGUUCCUCCAGGUCUCGUCGUCCGGCUCCUGCCGACAGAACAGCGCAGACCCUGCUGGGGGAGGUGAUUUUGACAGGUGGCACUCUCAACACCGAGCCCGACAUCCUCAAGGGGUGGAUGAAUGAGAUACACGAGUACGACCCAGAAACCUACCAUCCAGCUCUGACUCACUCCGUGUUUGCCACCCUGGAGGGCUCCUGUCUCCGUCUGGACUCCCCACGUACCAACAUCAGCCGCAGGGCCACGUACGACGAAAGAGUCCAGGAGGCCACCUUCGUCAAGUCACGCUGCUUUCAGCUGGCGAAGAGCAAGGUAUUCCUGCUGCCAUCUGUGCUGGCACAGAAGAGGGUGUGGAACCCGAAGUAUCCCAUCUGCAUCCAACUGGCUGGGGGAGGAAACUCCCAGGAGGAUGAGGGAGGAAGAUCGGAGGAGAGUCGGGGAGAGGAGCCAGGAGGAGUUGAACCGACAAGUCCAAAACAAAGUUCCUGUAAACCCGUCCAUGACCUUCCCACCACUCUUUACCUCUUCGGCCGCACAGGACGAGAGAAAGAAGAAUGGUUUCGUCAUUUCCUGUUUGCCUCCAUAGAUACAGAGAGAGAAAGCGAGAGGGACAGACAGAGGCCUGGCAGAUGUGUGUCCAGAUCGGGUGAUCCAGCACCAGCACAGAGCGUUUGUGCCUCAGGUAACAUCCCAAGCAGCAGAGGUUCCAGCAGAGUGGGCAGCAGUGAUGAGGAUGCCCCCUGCACACCCCCAGUCCCCUGCGUCCCUGCAGCCCACGUCAGCCAGACCUCCAGUAGCACCAGGGGCCUUUCACUGCUAGAUUACCCUAGCUACAUGGCUCGUCUCCUGGCCGCAGAGGAGAUGUCCCCCCUCUCCAGCCCUGGAGCCAGCAGCACGGAGACAAGCCCAACCCUUAAAGGAAACUGUACCUGCGAUCUAGCAGAGUACCCCGGGAAGAGCCAGACUGCGUGGGCUAACGCUCUAAUUGGUCGAAUCUUCUGGGACUUCCUGCGAGAGAGGCACUGGGCCGACGCAGUUUCCCACAAGAUCCAGAAGAAGCUCAGCAAAAUCAGAUUGCCUUACUUUAUGAACGAGCUCACUCUGACUGAGUUGGAUAUGGGCAGCUCUAUGCCACAUAUCACCGCUACCUCCAGACCAGAGGUUAACCACAGAGGCCUGUGGUUGGAGCUGCAGCUGGUCUACACCGGUGCCCUGCAGAUGACCCUGCAGACCAAAUUCAAUUUGUCCAAGCUGGGCAAAGAGAGCGGCCAGGACCCAGACUGUAUGACUGAAACUGGUACACUGAAGCCUGUGUAUCCUCCCAGCUGCAGGCCCAUCCUCACUGUGUUGGCGGACAGUGAUGAAGAGUCCUCCAGCGCCGGUUCAUCUGACGAGGAGGAGCUGCUUCUCUCCGAGCCUCAGGGGCCGGUGGGGGAGAAGGGAUCCACACCUAUAGCUGAAGGGACAGGGGGAGGCAGGACUGGGAGGAAGAUUUUGAGAUUUGUGGACAAAAUCACUAAAUCCAAGUAUUUCCAGAAGGCGACAGAGAACGAGUUCAUUAAGAAGAAGUUUGAGGAGAUGUCCAACACGCCCCUGCUGCUCACUGUGGAGGUUCAGGAGCUGUCAGGGACUCUGGUCAUCAACAUCCCGCCACCCCCUACUGACAGGAUAUGGUACAGCUUCUGUGUGCCCCCCAAGCUGGAUCUGCAUGUCCGUCCCAAACUGGGGGAGAGGGAGGUGACUUUCUGUCAUGUAACUGAGUGGAUUGAAAAGAAACUGCAGGACGAGUUCCAGAAAGUGUUUGUGCUGCCAAACAUGGAUGACAUCUACUUACCCCUGAUGCACUCUGGGGUGGACAACCCUCAAGCCUCCCAGCAUCAGUCCCCUCAGUCCCCUCAGUCCCAGAGCUCCUCCACAGACUCUAUCGAGAAGAUCCCACCUGAGAUCUCCGGGCCAGAGUCGGACUAG